AUGCCUUCUUUCGCUUUUUGGAAGAGCAACAAGCCGGAUCCGUCAAAGGCACCGCUGCUUACCGAAGAUGCAGCAGCUCAAGACUCUAGUAUGGUUAUUCCUCUGGUAGCCAAGGACCUGGAUCUGAAUCCCGAUGGCGAGGAUUCGGGUGUUUUCCUCUUCGACGACGAUGCACUGACGCUGGAGCCUGAGCAAGUGUUGGAAGCUAUACCUCUCAUCGCAACCCCACCUGUUGAAGAACGGGAACCUCUGAUGAGAGAAACUGAGCGAGAUACUCAGGUACCAGUCAAGAACUACUCGAAGAAGCUGAUCUUGGACGACAACGAAGAGGCACCAGCACCGCCACCAAAAUCGUCGCCAUUGAGCCAGCCUCAAGGCAUUGCUGCGACAGAUGGACUCCUGCCUGCUGCAGAAGAAGAGUCAGCAGCAGUCCAACCUGUCCAGGCCGUUCCGCAGCAAGAAAGGCCCGCGCCUUCCCCUUCUGCGCACGACCAAGACAGCGCACUCAAACGGCCAGUAUCUAUCGCAACUACCAGUGGUACGCAAUCCCGCGACCGAGACUCUGGUGUGUAUGUCUCGGACGACGAUAGUUUACCACCGCAGUCCCGACCCACGUCCCUCGCUCUGAACGACACCCAUCAUCAAUCAAGGGGCUCAACCAUCUCCUUGAAGCACACAGCAUCAACACCGACCACUUCACCCCGCCAACGCACAGACUCAAUCGCACGCCUGAAACGGCCUGCAGAACUGAACUUAGGAACUAACCCAGUAUCCGAUUCCUCCAAGCCACGCUCCGAGCUCGAGAAGCGAUACGACCUGAUUCGCAACUCGAAGACGCAGUCAAAAGCUGCUCUGCGAUCGCCCACAGCGCUCCUACAGGAACGACUGAGCAUGUCGGCGAAGAAGGAGAAGGUCGAAGAAGAGAAGACGCGUGUGUUCACACCACCACCUCAGACGACGAACGGGUGCUGGCUGCCAGGUCCAGGCGCGCAGGUGGGCGCUUUCACCAGCACAUCCGUUCGUGCGCGAACCGAAGCUGGCAAUCGACCCGCGUGGUGGUGCAAAGUCGACAAACUCGUUGUCUUUGACGGCAUCGAUAUCGGUAGCGAUGGGGAUAUGAAAAUCCACACUCGUAGUAGCAAGGGUCUUAGCAUUGCGCGACGACGUGGCGAUAUGGAGACGAUUGUCAUUCCGAUGGACUGUGCGCACUGUCAGGAGAUGCUGAACCGACAUGAGUGGAAGUACGAUAUGCGCGUGUGUAAGAGGAGUGUAUGUUGGGAUUGUAAGGAGAGGUGCAAGUGGGAGUUGGAACAGGAGAAAUCUGGUUCUGAAGAGACAGCUGGAAGAGCCGAGGGCAACAGGUAUCGCGCGGACAGUGUGUUGCAGGAUGAAGGACAUGAAGAGGAGCAUUUGAUGCAGAAGGUUGGUAUUGAGCAAGAUCGGCCAAUGAGCCCUAUUGAGGCCUUGGGUGGUAUUGAAGAGAGACUAAGCAAGUAA